GCCGGGCGCGCGCCCCACUCUCGCUCUGUGCGCGGCGCCGCCUGGCCCGGGCCGCGCGCCGGGGCUCCUUUGUUUGAGCCGGCGGGGGAGGGGGAGGGGAGGGGCGAGGCGCGCCCGGGGCUCCCCCCCGCCCGCACGUGUUGGGGGGCGGGCGGAGGACCCCCAGCUCUGAAGGCGGAAGGUGGGAUCUCGGAGCCGGGGGCCCCCCGGCCUGCGCUCCGAGCCCCGCCCCCUCGCUUUUCCCUCUCUCCUGCUGUUCCCCUCCACCUCCGAGCUGGGGCGGGCGGUCUGGAGAGGGAGGGAGGGGGCUUCACGCUUGAGAAGGAGCGUGGUUUACUCUCCUGCUCGCUUGGCCUCCUGAGCUCAUUCACUAUCUCUGCGUUCAUCUCCGUCAUUCUGGGUCCUUCUAUUUCUGUCCAUUCUCGGCCCUGCCCUUCCAGCUGAAUCACCUUCGGGCAAGCCGUUUGACUCCCUAACCUCAGUUAUCUCAUCUGUAAAAUGGGCUAAUAACACCUGGUACCCUGGGAAAUCAGGCGGGCUGACCGAGGUCACGUGUGUGGAAGAGGUGCAGGCUGUAGAUACAAAUUAUUCUUUCUUUCUUCCGAGCCUUUGAACCUCGGUAUUUUUUACUGUUUGCAUUUUCCUCCCCAGUUCUCCCUGUCUCUCUGCUUUCUCCAUCUGUUUGCCUUUCUGAUUUUCUACUUGAGACAAUCUGUGACUCUGUUCAUUUGUUCACUCACCAACAUUUGUUACGCAGGACGUGUGCUAGGAUGCUGGAUAUAGAGAGAGAAGACCUCAGCUCUGGCCUCUGGGAGCCCGGAGACCCCCCGGGGAGGGCAGGCAUCAAGACAGGUCAUUACAAUGCUGGCACCACGUGGUAACAGCUAUUGUCCUCCCAGUUCCGAAGCCCUCUCUCUGUUCCAGACCAGUGCCUCUGAAUCACUUGGAGAACUUGUUAGAAAUUCAGGUUCCUAGCCCCCAACCCUGAGGUUUCUGGCCUGUUCAUUCAAUCUGCAAAUAUUUAUUAAGUGUUUGGGCAGGACACUUUUCCAGGCACUGGGGAUGCUGCAGAAAUCAUACCAAGGCCCAGCUUGUGUUUGAGUGGGUCUGAGCUGAGCCCAGGAAUCUGCAUUUCUGAUCAGAACUCCAAAUGCAGGUGGUCCUUAGACCACCCAUUGAGGGAUAGUUAGAGGCCUUUCAUCCGUCACGGUAGACUGUGUGGAUGGUCAGGAAGGGGGAAAGUAGUUCACAGUGUAUAAUGCUGUGGGGGCAGCCUGUCCCAGCCCUUCCCGCCUGUCCUGGCUCCCACAGGCAGCUCCCAAGAGGUAGGGAAGGGAGUCCUGAGUAGGCCAAAGAUGAGUUGAUACCUGGAGGGCCCUCCCCCAUCCACAGCCUAUUCCUUCCUUCCUUCCUUCCUCCCUCCCUCCCUCCCUCCCUCCCUCCCUCCCUCCCUCCCUUCCUUCCUUCCUUCCUUCCUUCCUUCCUUCCUUCUUUCCUUUCACUGUGACAUUCUUCUCAGUAUUGCAUUGAGAUCCGGAAAGCUGUCUUCCUCUCUCUGCCUCUGCUGAUGAGGAUACGGUUCCUGGCGUCCAUGUCUGCAGCCGUGACUGCGCUGCGGGCCCAGAUUUGUACCCCUCGUCUCUGCGCCCCAGCUUCUUAGCACCUGACAUGUACCAAGUGCAGAGUGCUCUGCCAGGCCCUCUGUUGGGCACUGGGGCUGGAGAGCUGGCGGCAGCUCCAGCCUGAAAAUGUAGGGUCUGGAGAGUGGCCGUCUCAGGCUUGAGCACGUGGUUAUGGGCACUGCCGUCCCUUCACCUCUCAAUACCUGCAAACUGGUUACCGCCCCCGCCCCCGCCCCCCCACUCCUUGACUCUGUGUCUCAAGAGUUGUCAGGUUGGGAAACUCAGGCCUCGCUGAGCUGCUCCCUCUCCAGUGGGUGGGGGAGAGGCUGGAAGGGACCACCGGGACCCUCACGCCCCUGGGGAGCUGCAACGUGGCCCUUCAGCCCGCCCCUGCCUGAUGCCUGCAGGCUGCUUGGAGGAGACGCCGUGGUGAAGCUGGAGCUCAACGAUUACCUAGACAUCUUCUGCCCGCACUAUGAGGGGCCAGGGCCCCCUGACGGCCCCGAGACGUUCGCUUUAUACAUGGUGGAGCGGCCAGGCUAUGAGGCCUGCCAGGCCCAGGGGCCAGGAGCCUUCAAGCGCUGGGAGUGCGCCCUCCCCUUCGCUCCCUUUGGCCCGGUUCGAUUCUCUGAGAAGAUUCAGCGCUUCACACCCUUCUCCCUUGGCUUUGAGUUCUUGCCUGGAGAGACCUACUACUACAUCUCGGUACCGACUCCCGAGAGUUCUGGCAAGUGCUUGAGGCUCCAGGUGUCUGUCUGCUGUGAGGAGAGCAGCGCGGCUGUGAUCCACCCCAGAAGCCCCACCAGAGCCCUCUUUCUGAACGGUGUCCUCGGUGGAGCCCGGGUGAGGGGUGCCCCUCCCCCCGCCGCCGUGCCCCGCGGCUCCCGCUGGCACCGUGCCGGCCCGCCUGGCACCGAGCCAGCGAUCGAUAGGUGGACGUUGUGCUGAUUAGCUCGGCCCGGCUGCGGCGGCGAGAGGCGGCGGGUGAAGCCGCGGGGGGGCGCGAGACUGACAGACGCCGGACCCCGGGAACUCGCGGGCCCCUCCCCCACCCUUUCGCACCCGGCAGACCCCGCUCGCUCGCGUUCGUUCCACUGCUCUGCCCGAGGGGCGGAGGGCGGCACCGCGGGCGGAGCCGCCGUGAGUCGACCCCUUCCCCGGUUCGAGGCCGGGGUCAGAAAACGCCGCGUCUGUAGGUGCGCGUGUCCGCGCGUCCGCGCCCUCGGCCCCCACCGCGCUCUGCAGCGGACGCCGAGGGCCCGGGGCGCCCACGGGCGGCGUCUGAGCUCGAGCGUGAGCUGCGGCCCGGCCUUCUGGUCCUGGGUUCGAGUGGCGUCUCCCCUGUCAUCCAGGAGGGGGUCCUGUGUCGCCGUGGAAACCGAGGGCACUGCUGCCUCGUGCACCGCCCCCCCCCCCCCGCAGAAGCCGUCAGCGAGGUGCGCGGGGCGACCGGUGACUGGGCCCUGCCCUCCACUGACGACGGUGGGGGUCUCCCCCCGACGCCCCCCGCCCGCCUCGCCCACCCAGCCGGGCGCGCUUGCUGCCUAGUGUGCGGAGCAGGCGGGGGCGCGGGGCGCGGGCGGCGGGCGGGCACUCGGACGUGCGCCCUCGCCGGCCGCCGGCUCCCUGCAGGUGUCUGAGCGGACGCCUCGGCGGCAGGGCAUCCGUGCGAGGGUCGCAACCUCCCGCCCGCCCGCCCUUUCCUCACACCUGGCCCUGCGCGUUCAGCCGGGCCAGCCCCGGGGCGCGCCCCCCAGAGGGCCAGGUCCGCUCCCGGGGCGAGGCGGGCUGAAGGUGCGGGGCGGCCUUCCGCGACUGGGCCCGACCCAUGGGAAGGCCUCGAGGCGCGUUCCGGGGCGCGGUUCCAGGAGGCUGGGCAGGCCUGUGAGGUUUUGGGCGUCACCGAUCUCCCCUAAACUCGGCGGCGCUAGACGGCCCAAGGUGGGGCCCUCAAUUCGCUAGGCCCGCCCUAGUCUCUCCCCAGCAGAUGCGAAAACUGGUCAUCUUUGCCUCACUCUGUCUCGUCGUCCCAAGAGCCUGAAAGACUCUGCGACCUGGGUCCUGCCCCACAAUUUACGGGGUUGCAAACCACCCUCUUUCUCUAGAAGCUAAACCCUGAAGCUUUGGUCUUUUUAUGAUGUGACCCCUCUCUCUCCUCUUUCAGUAGUCCGUUCCUUCCUUUGCUUAUUCAGUCAUUCAUCAAAUCGGGAGCUCCCAGCGCGCCCUUCUUUCAGCCGGCCACGGCAGCUGGGGUCGUCGGGGGAUUCCCAGCCGUGACGCAGUCGGAGAGGGCCACUCUGGCUUCCAAAUAGCCAACUGAAUCCCGGGCCCUGGGGCAUGAGGUCAUCAGCGGUGAUGCCCAUUGGUUCAGGCCUGGACGUGGGGAGGGGGUCCCCAUAGCAACCGACGGUGCGUCCCACCGUAACCGGGAGAGUGGUCGUUGCUUGAGCUCCAGUGGCAGCUUGGGUGGCUGUUUGGCUUGGGGGCGGGGAGACUGGAUGGAGCUCAGCUUCCCAGGUCCCGCCGCCCUAGCCCAACCAAGCUCGUAUCAUUCUCGAGAUCCUUUUUCUCCCUCCAAGUAAUGGUCAGUGCCACUUACCCCAGGAAGGUUAGGGGAGGAGUACUGGCAACACCGCUGGGGUCCUGGGUGCCCGGCUCCCGCCACAUGGAAUGCUUCUGAGAUCCUCCUGGUCUUCUGCAUAUCAUCUGCAUCUCAUUUGCAUUCUCUUCAUUUAAGGUCAAAUUGAGCAGACAUCUCCACAUCCCCAGCCCUGUCACUUGUCUGUAUCCCGACUUUAUCCCUUAGCAGCUCCAUAAUUUCUCCUUUUCCGGUUCCUUACCCCACCCCUCUUCUAGCCUCCAACGUCUCCUCCAGUGGGAGGGGGCGCAGCCUAGCUAAAGCAGAAAGAAGUCUGCCUCUCCCUCUGGAUGUUUGUUGACAGAUGGGGAGGGCUGGUCUGUACUGCCUAGAGAUUAAAUUGGCAAAGCAAAUGGUGGGGGAAGGUGCCCCGGGGCCGGGUAGAGGGUCUCCAGGGCCAAAUCACCCACACGCCCGGCAGGGUGCUGGAACAAGGGCUGCCUGCUUCCAGCGAGGGGCAGGCCUGCCCACCUGUCUGGUGCCAGGCCAGCUUCCUUCCUCCAAUUAAAUACUAAUGAGGUGUCAUUAACCCUUAGUUUGCCUGCCAGCCCUCCGGUGGAGCGCAGAUUCAUGGUCUCCCAGCGAAGCAAGAGGGAGGCCCUUUGAAGAAGCUCAGAGGUAGUGGGGCCCCGGGGCCAGGAGACCCGCAGGCAGGGCCAGAGGUGUGAGCAGCGGGCGCUGGUUAUCCUGGGUGUGGCAGAGGCGCUCUAGACGCGGGUGUCCCCCCCGUCUGAGUGCGCUUCUUCCUCAGUGUAUCAAUGCAACAAUUUGUUGGGAAUCACCUUACCUACUCCUGCUAACUCAACACCAGGCCGUGUGCUGCAGGCUAGGGAUAUGCACUUGCAUCAGACAAGAUUGCUUUCCCUUAAGGAAUCUUCAGACUACUCAGGAAGACAAACUGGCCAACAAACAACUCUAAUGCCAAGUGCAAAUGCUACGACAGAGCUACAUACAAAGUGCCAUGGGGAAAUGGGCUGUCAGAGGAGACGUGAGCUUGAAGGACAAAGUUUGAGGCAGGGAGGGGAUGUGCAGACCUCAUAAAGCCUGUGUGUGUGACUCAGCGUGGGCCUGUGGUCAGGGGUGUUUUCAGGACUGCUGGUGUUUGCCCUCCCAGAGCUGUACAUUUUGCAUCUGUAUAUGUGUGUGAGCGUGUGUAUGUGUGUUGUCUGCAUCUCUCUGUGUCUGGAACCCCUUCUCCUGAACACACAUUGUGGUUUUAUUACAGAUCAAUGUUUGCCGUGAAGCUCUUGUGCAGAUUAGCCUGGACCUGCCCAGCCCAGGGGAGGGGCGUAGAGAGAACUGAUGUUGGCUCUUGGGGAAGGGGUGGGCAGGCACCGUCUCCACACUUGGGGGCCCAGACUCUCGGCUCCGCAGUUGGCAGCGGCCGGCCACAGGAGGCAAAGGGCUGGGCCCCGGGCUGUGGUAGGGUGUGCCCAAGCUGUAGUGCCCUCUGGCCCUGGCUCCCCAGAGGAGACAGGGGGGUUCCCGCCACCACUCCUCACCGAGAUCUCAGGCCCCCCUCCCCCAACUCGUUCUGUCUGCGGAGGAGCAGGCCAGCUCAGACGUGUCUGCUGGCUCUCUCCUGCAGGGAGCAGAUCCCUUCCAGAGGACUCUGGAGGGCUGGGGAAUGCUGGAGCCUACUAGGAGGCCCUCAGAGGCUCUCUCCAGCCCGGAUUCCCCCACCCACUCCAGGGAGCCACUUCUCUGGGUUUCACCCAGACGUAGCCACCUUCGCCAGGGAUCCUCUCAACCGGUAGGCAGAAGGUGGGGGCUAGGGUUCUGGUGAUGAGGAUGGGGCGGGGUGGGGGCUGAGGCUACUCAGAGACCGCUGCCCCAGUUCCCGCUCCUGAGGCCGCUUGCUGGAAAGCUCAGUUUCUGUGGCGGGAAGAAAAGAGUCUGGAUCUUGGCAGUUUUAGGGGUUAUGAAGAGGCUCUGCAGUCUGAGGAGAAGGUCAGGGACCCCUCCUUCCACACUGUCAAGGAUGGGGACUUCCUGGUUUGGGAGGAAGCUUGCCCUCCCCCUGAUUCCAUCUAACUUUCCUGCCCCAUCCCACUCCCCAAGCCCUGGGCCAGCUCUGUCACCAUGACAGCUUUCAGAGAAGCUUGGAGAGCGGGAGAAGUUAUGGAACAGCCAGUUCAGGGCUAGUCUCAGUGGGCAGAACUCAGGAGAGAAUCCUUAAUAAUAACGGUGUUGGGGGGCGCCGGGAUGGUGACUCUCGUGGGUGUGAGUUCGAGCCCCACGUUGGGUAUGCAGAUUACUUAAAAAUAAAGUCUUUUUAAAAAAUAAAUAAAUGGGAUGCCCGGGGGGCUCAAUCGGUUGGGUGUCUGCCUUUGGCUCAGGUCAUGAUUCCAGGGUCCUGAGAUCGAGCCCCACGUCGGGCUCCCUGCUCAGCGGGGAGCCUGCUUCUCCCUCUCCCACCACCACCCUCCCCCCACACCCCGCUUGUGUUUCCUCUCUCGCUGUGUCUCUCUCUGUCAAAUAAAUAAAUAAAAUCUUUAAAAUAAAUAAAUAAGUCAAUAAAUGGGUAAAACUAAUUGGUGAUGAGGCCCCCAUGAACCAAGCACCUCAUGGGUCCUGAGCACUGUGCUAAGGGCUUCCCAGACCGGGUCCCAAUCUCAGCCAACUCCUGGAGGAAGGGUAUUAUUUUCCCUACUUCACAGAUGAGGAAGCAGCCAGAAAUUGGGUGACUAGAAGAGCCCAUGAGUGCGGGGACUGGGGCGCAACCUCAAGCCCACCCUGUCACUGCGAGGCCACACUCCUCUUUUCCUGAAGCGCAUUCAGGGGACUCACACACACUCUCACAGCACCCCGGAGAUGCCUCCCCACUUCAGGCCGCGCAGCUUGUGGGGCUCAUUACAGGGAGCAGGGCGUGACGAGGGUCAGAGGUUCUCACACCCUGACCGACCCACCGAGCCCGGCAUCCUGGUUUCCUGUGUCCUGGACACACGGCGGUGGGCGUGCCGGGGCGGCCCCUGUGGCUGUGUGUGUGUGUGUGUGUGUGUGUGUGUGACUCCACGUCAACUCAGGACAUGGCGCAUCGCACAGCCAUGCCGACAACACACUGGGGAGAGUCAGCCAGCAGGCACGUGCCAUCAUCCUCUUCCUUGGCACCCAGGUCUCCACGUGACCGCCAUCCCGACGGCCUGCCUGCUCCGGGGCAGACGCAUGGGCCCUGGGCAAGGUGCAGAACCUGGGACUAUUUCAUGUCUGGGGCAGGCGGCUGCCUCCCCCGUGCCCACACUUGCCCGUCCUUCCCCUUGCAGGCUCCUUGUUUAUUUGUUUAAUGAAUUAUUUAUCCAUGGCCCCCCCUUCUCUGCUGGUCUCCCCCUCCCCCAGGCCCUAGCCUCCACGAUUUAUUGAACACAGCUCAGCUCUGUGGUUGCCACCCGAUGUCCUGGGAGCCGCCUUGGGCCACGCAGCCCGAGUACUCCCUCUGCCCCCGACCUGUUCCACUCCCUGCUUCCUUGGCCCUGAGGCGGGUGGGAGUGAGGCACCAUGUCAGAGGGCUCCCAGGGGUCUAAAUUCAGUGUCCCUGGAGAGAACAUGGCAACCAGAGGUGCACCAGCAAGACUGAGGCCCAGAGGGAGAUGCAGGCUGAACCUGCAGGUAAGAGAAAAGAGGCCUGAGGCCCUAGAGGGAGGACCGGCCCCAUGGAGAGAACCCCAGCCCCAGCAGAGGCCCUCACCCUACAGACAGGUGUCUGUCCGGGCCCAGGCCUUAGACACCAGUGUCUCAAACCAUAGCUUGUGACCCCUUGGGGUGGUGAAAUCAAGAAUAAAUUUUAUGCGUCUCAACCACCUUUUUAUUUAAGAAAAAAAAAAAAAAGAUUUAAAACUAGAAGAGGAUGGGGCACCUGGGGGGCUCAGUCGUUAAGCGUCUGCCUUCGGCUCAGGUCAUGAUCCCAGGGUUUUGGGAUGGAGCCCCGCAUCGGGCUCCCUGCUCCGCGGGAAGCCUGCUUCUCCCUCUCCCACUCC